AUGGGGGGUCAGUCUCUUCACCAGUUUCAGGCUCUGUUCUGGAAGAAUUGGCUCUGUCGUCUGAGGCAACCGGUCCUAUCCCUUUCUGAAUUUCUCUGGCCAUGCACAUUAUUUCUAAUUCUGACGGUGAUUCGCUUCCAGGAACCUCCAAGACACAGAGAUAACUGUUAUUUGCAGCCCCGUAACUUGCCAAGCCAAGGAGUUUAUCCCUUUGUCCAAAGCCUCCUUUGUAAUGCUGGUUCUAGAUGCAAGAACACCAGUUAUGCAGUGCCAAAGGAUUCCUACUUCCGCAUCUCCAGGUCUCCCAGUUCUCAAGACCAUCAAGGCAUGGGGAGUGAUUUGGUCUUUCUGGAAGAUAUUCAGGAGCUUGCCCAAGGCAUUUCAGAAACGAUGGAGAAGGCUGUUGCUUUACAAAAACUUUGGAUAGAAGACUCUAAAUUGUCAGGUUCUCACAAUUCUGCUUUCUCAAUGGAGGAUCUUAAUAAGACUGAAAUGCUCAUAUCUAAAAUAGAAUACCUUCAUCAUCAACCCUACUUUUGGAACUUCCUACAUUCGUUGCCAGGUCUACGAACAAGCAACUUACAUCCUGAGUAUGGGCUCCAGGUUUUGGCACAGUUUUUGCAGACAAUUCUAAGUUCUUUAGCAUCUCUAGAAGAUUUGGAUUGGCUACCAAUAAACAAAACUUUCUCCAAGGCUGCUAAAAUAGGACUAAACAUGACCAUUAUGAUGCUGGAAUUUCUCCAGGAGGAAAAAGUGGAAGUUAUUGGACUUGGAUAUAAUCUGUCACUAAGGAAUGUGGUGUGGAACCCUCUGAAGCUAAAAUCUGAUUUGACAUCCAAAUAUGGCUUUGAUGACCUUCGAGUUGAGAAGAUGCUGAAUUAUACUAGUGAGUUAAAUGAGAUUCUCACUGACAGCUCAUUGGAGCAAUUUAUAUGUUCAGCCUUGUUCAACUCUUCAGAAGUUGAAACUGACAACAAUAAUCAUGGGAAUUGUAAUAUCCACUGGUCAGAAGCCAAAGACUAUCUAGUCCAUUCAGUCAGCAAGCUCCAAAUCUACAAACAGGUGAUCCAUCAAUGGCUAAAUGCUACUGUGAUUCAGAAGAUUCUUACUGAAAUGAAACAAAGUCUAGUACUUUUCAUUGGUCAAUACCCUGAAGAUAGUGAGUUAUGGAAAGUGGCGUCAGUCCUGCACACCAUGAUUCACCUCCUGGAUGACAGUUUGGGACCAAACUCUCUCCCAAACUACCUGCAGUCUCCAAAGAUAUUAGUGUAUUUGGCAAAAUUUCAGACCAUUCUUCAAAAUCUGCCUCAUUGGCCAACUGUGAAGAGAUUGCUUCUGGUAAAUGGAGCUCUCAGAAAUGUGAUCAUCAAGAAUUUACAUUUCAUCCAAGAAGUACUAAGUAAACUGGAAAGAUUGGCUCCAUUUUCUGAAACGAAUGAUUUGAGCUCAUUACAACUGGAAAUGGACACAUUCUUCAGGGAUUUAAAACAGAUGCUGACAAAGAAUUACCCGUACAUGAACCAAGAUGUACCUUUUGUUUCUGAAGAGAACCUUACUCUUCUGGAGAAUUCCAAAGUCAUGAAAAUGCUAACCCAAUUAAGGGGGCACCCUCAUUAUUCCAAUGAGACAAUCUUUUUGUACAACCUACUCCAUUCAGUAAAAGAGGCUGAUGGAAUUUUUCAUGAGGUGCUCCUUGGACAAACAAAUUGGUCUAUUGCAACAACUGAAGACUUUCUGGGCUGGCAAGCAAUUGAACAGAAACUUGCAGAGAGUACAAUAUUUUGUUCUUGGUUGUAUCAGUCAUUGAGUACUCAGCUAUCACCUGGAGAGGAUAUUGCCUUCGUUUAUUGCCAAGAAAAGAUCAUUUCCACAUUGGUUUUCCAUACAUUGGAAGAAAUUCAAUUUGCUCUGGAACAAAAUAAUUCCUGGAAAAACUUAACAGAAUUUUUCAGGAAAACAUGUGAAUUUGCGCAUUAUGUGAAUAAGCAAGGAAGUUUACAAAGAAGUAUAUCUGCUACUUCUGAAAAAUCCCCUUGUAAUGGAGCCAAACUAGAUUGGAAAGCCUUCACUGAUACUUACUUUGCAUUUUUGAAAAAUUUGUUCAAGUCUCCAAGGAUGUCAAUGUCUUGGAUUUUGAUGUACACCAAGGAUCUUUUGGAGAUGGAACAGAAAUCACAUUCCUAUGAAGAUGAAAUAACAACCUUUUGGCUAUCCUUUGUAGACUUUAUUGAAAAAAUGAUACUACCUAGAUCUUUGGUUUCAUCCAAUCCUCCCAUAUUCCCGAACCUUGCAAACCUCACUGAAGUUAUCUGGAAUAAGACUCUUUGGUGGAUAAAUACUUCUAAAACUUCAGAGGCUAAACCACCUUCUCUCACUACUAAAAAACUUUCUGAAUUGAGUAAGGAUGUUAUAGAGAAAAUUCAACUUAUUUCAAGAUUCUGGAAAAGGAAUGAAUAUGAAGGAUUUUUGAGAAUCUUAGAAUUAAUUCUUUAUGAAAUUAAUCCUAAAUUUUUAGAACUAUGGAUGUAUGGCAUCCCAAAAAGAGAAAAGGACAAAUUGGAAACUUUAUCAACUCUUUUAAAUUUGUCCAUUCCAGAAAAUCUGAAAGUUCUUGGAAAAAAUUUCAACUUUUCUCUGCAUUUCCAUAAUUUAUCUGAGUCAGAAAAUUUAAACUUGGAUUUUAUACAUUUAAGUGAAAUUGUCAUAAGUAGUCUCCAUGAGCUUGGAUUACUUACACAAGAACAAGUCACAGCAGCCCUGAAUACAGUUUAUGCCCUUCGGAACAUAUCUAUGCUUUCCUCAUCAUUUUCUGUUUCUCAAAAACAGUACUUAGAAAACAUUUUGACUCAAAUCUAUCAAAAUGUCUUUCAGGAUAAGGAUUCUGUUGUACUUCUUCGAUUAUAUUCUUCAAUUUACCAAAACAUUUAUCAAUUCAUCUCCAGUUUUCAGAGUAGAAAGUCUUUGUUAACGUACUUUAUUCAGAUUUCAAGAAGCAUUCCGGCUAUUAUCAAGGAGUUUAAUUUUCAAGACAUUCACAAAGCUUUUGAAUUUCUCUCUGAAGUUACAAGAUUUCUAGAUCGCAUCUCUGAGGAAUCACUUUGCGAAAAGCUUUUUUCAGUUUAUAAUUAUCUGGGACUUCAACUCAAAUCUCUGAUUCCUAAAGGAGGCCAAGAAACAAAAAUGAUACAUGUAACUCUGAUGAGUCUGAAACGAUUGCUCGAAAGAGAUGAAACUUUUCGAAUGUCUUUACUUCACUAUCUGAAUCAACUUUUCAACAAUUCAGGACACUUAGAUAACCAGUGCUUUUAUUUGGAUGAUAGGCUUCCCUCUUUGAAUUGGUCAAUGGGUGUGAGAAAUUUUCUAAUCCUUCCUUGGAUCCAAAUGCUUUCAAAUCUAACAGAAAAUAUUGUCAUUAAUGAAUCUUUAGCUAUGCAGUGUACCUUUUCAUGGGUCCAAGUGUGGUAUGAAAUCUGGGGUAAUAUGUCUCAAGUCUUAAAGUUUGAUUCCAAUUUUUUUUCUUCUCUCCAGUUUGGCCUUAGGAAACUUUCUUCUCAUUUGGGAAAUAGUUCAGAACAUUUUGAAGCAUGCCAGACAACGUUUCCUGACCAUGUUCCUAUAAGACUUAUCAAACGUUUUUUAAAAAUUAUAGUUCAAGAUGAUGAUGCCAGAAAUUGGAGUGCCCUUGCUAGUCUCUCAUCUGUGCUAGACAAUUCAUUAACCAUCAUGAAAUCACUAAAUUCACAGAAAGUAGAGAAAUCCCUUUUGAUACUGGAAAAUGCAAUGCUCAAAUUAAAAGAAUUCCCAUUAAAUAGUAAUAUUAGCAGAAAGUUUUUUUACUCUCUGUUUGAAGUUUUCAUGGAGUUAAGCAAUACAACAGGAAAUAUAGACAGAAAUUCUCUAACAGGCUCUAGAGAAGAAAAUGAAAUUGCCUUUACUGUUUUACAGGAGACAACAAAAUUCCUUGGAAAUAUAUCCUAUAACCAAGAUUUAUUGUCUUGUGCUGGCAUUUUACAGAAUAUUACAAAUUUAAUUAUGGAAAGUGAUUUAGCUUUGAAAAACACUUCACAAAAAUUAUUAAAUGUGUUGGCAAUUUUAAAUUCCAUUUUAACCUCUGAAGACAUAAGUAGUAGACUAGAAAGUUGUAGUGCAUGGAUAGAUAUAAUCAGAAAUCUAGGUAUCAAAUAUAAUACUACUUCACUUGGCCACUCACAAGACUUUUUAGAAUCAUUUUUAUCUUCAAGAAAUGUCAAUGGCACAAAAAUCACAGUGAAAAAGAUUUUAGAUUUUGUCACUUUCAUAUUAAAUUCAAUAAAACCUCUCUGUCCUUUGAAUAAUUCAGAUAUGCAUUGUCUGGCUGUUUACUUUAGAAAUGUAACUAACUUUGUAAAAAUUAUAAUAACUUCAUUGUUUGAAAAAGAAAAGAUGCCAAUGCUUGACUUUAUAUCAAUGAUUUUAAAUAAUUCAGAAGACCAUAUCAGAGUAGUUCUCGAUAAUUUAUCAAGAUCUUUAGAAAAUUCAUCAGACAUAAAAUUGAAAAAUUUUACUGAAUUAAUUAUAAGAGCCUUAGAAAAAUCAGAUAACUCUUCUAACCAAUUCCAGAUUGUAUGGCUAGAAUCAAUAAAAUUCUUGAGUGAAAUUCAAAAACUUGUGAAAAAUAUUACUAUUAAAAUUUUAGAAGAUAAUACAUCUGACAUCAGAAAAGUUUUAAAAGUGUUUAUGAAUUUGCCGAUGGAAAAAAGUGCUAAUCUGCUAAGUGAUUCAAUUCAAAAUUUAGUAAGUUAUUUUGCAUUUAAUCUUUCUCAUGAUCUACAAACUUCAUCAAUCCAUGCAAUUAUGAAAGCAAUUGGUCUUGAUAUUAAACUGGCAAGGGAUGUGAUGAAUUCCUUAUUGCCAUCUGUUCUUUCUAAUAUUCCACAAAAUUCAGGGAAUAUGAAAGUUUUGAAGAAGAUCAGCACUCUGGUACACAACCUCAAGAAUGCAGAUAUAGAACUUUUGAUAGAUCAACUUGAAGAAAUUAGUGGGAGUCUUUGGGAUUUUUUAAGGAAUAUUAGUGCUUUGGAAGAUGGAAAUUCUGGGAUUGAUUUAUUAAUUGGAUUAAUGAAGACUUUUGUACAUAGCUCACAUUCUUGGAAUGUUAACCAUCUGUGGCAACUCUCACGUUUAUUUCCUAAAGAUGAAGUUGAUGCAGUAGUAGAUGCCUAUUAUAUGCUUCCUGAUUUAGUGAGACUUUUACAGAGAAUAGCUUAUAAGAACAUUACUGAGGCCCUACUGGAGGUUUAUAACUUCACAUUGGCUCAUGGAAUUAGCAUUUUCACUGUCACUAAGGAGGAUUUUACAAGUGCCAUAAAAGGACUUUUGGACAUAACGGAGUUGGUUAUAGAAAAGCCAAAUAUUGCCGCAGAAGCUUUAAGUUGUCUUCCUAUAACUUGGUGCUUAAACCAUUCAACUCUACAACUUCGUAAGGAUAAAGUAAUAGAAAAGUGUAACAUACACAAGUCAGCCCACUCUUUGCUGUAUAACAAGAUGACUGAUUUGUUUUAUCACCUCCAGCUGAUGCCUUUGGAAGAAGAUUUACAAUGUUCAAAUGAGAGUUUAAAGAUAGAGACAACUCACAGGGUAUAUUGUUUCUUUCAUGAAUUAGCAGCAUGGAAUUCCAUUCUUAUGAAUUUUUCUGAGGUCUUCCAUGUUAAUAAUUCACUUCUGAAAGAGCUUCAAAAGUUUUGGUACAAGGUAUCACCCUACAUCUUAUAUUCUGAAAAAUCAAGCAACGUUAAUGACUCCAUACAUUGUACAGUUGUCCCAGGGAAAUGGAUUGCUUUGAGAGUCAUAGCAAAGCUAAAAAAACUGAACUUUACAAGGGCUUUUUCAGUUAAAAAUGUUUUGGGACAGUUUACAGGUCUGAACAAGAUACACCAUUGGAAUGUGGACAAAGAAACAUCAAUUCUAAACAAAACUAUCACAAAUUUGAAAAGAUGGACAAAAUUAGUCUUGGGUUUUCAUGUGGAAAACCUGACUUUAUCUCCUUCAGUGUAUUUAUAUUCUAAAGCAAAACAAAUGAAUGAUCUUUUAAAAAUAUUACUAAGUUUUGAUAAGACUAGUAAUAGCAACAUUACUGACAACCUUGAAACCUUAUGGCUUGAGUCAGAGAGAUCUGUGCAAGACCUAUGGAAGAAUUUUAGCAUUAAGUAUAUAUUCUCUUCAUUCAAACAAGCAAUUCAAAUAAUAAAAUCACUGCCUGAUCAAAAUACAACAUUGCCACUUUCUUAUUUUUUGAAACAAUUUAAUUCUUCAUUUCCACACGAGACUAGAUUCCUUGAAAACCUUACAUUACUUACUAAAGGUUUGCUCCAAGCAUAUACAAAGGGAAAUGUCUCUACAAUAAUAGAUACAUUGGUUCUUGUUUUAUCCAAUGAAAGUUUCUCUUUUGCUAGGACAUUGGGCAUUGAUGAUAUUACAAUCUUUCUAGAACACUUCAAGAAUAUUUCUAGAGAAGAAAACAUUAAUGCUACAUUUUUUGCUCAUUUGUUAAACCUAGAAAAACAAGCUAAUUUCUCUGUUGCUCAAUUUCUUUUUGAAAGCAGUCAGAUUAGUGCAAUCAAUAACUUUGUUUGGAGUUCUCUGGAAGCAGCCCUGAAUUUCAAUGACACUGACCUUCCAAUAAUGGACUUCAUUGAUCUGAUAUUUAACUAUACACAGUUUGAAAAUAAUAAGGAAAAUCUCUCUCUUCACCCAAGCGGCACAAUGGAAUUGUUGAAGCAAUUUUUUCAAAAAUUCUUCUUUCUACCAAAAGGAAAAUUUGAGAAUAAAACAUCUGCCUUGCUGGAUGACUUAUAUACACAUAUAAUCCCUGCAAUGAACUCUACCAUUCACAACAUGACCCACCAGCAACUUGAAAAAGCAAUUGCAGUUACAUUAAAUAAAAUAGCUCUCUGGAUGGAAUGGCUACUUUUACACCACUCACAGUGGAGACAUUCUACAAAAGCUUUACUCCCACUCACUUGGGAGACUUCUGUUAAUGUAACUACUGAAAAAGGUGUGAUGUCAAAACUACCAAACAACAUUAAGAGAGAAAAGAAUGAUUUUCCACUUACCUUCAAACCUUCAUCAUGUUUUGAAAAGUCCAUUAAAAGAAUAGUUUCCCUGGUAAAAUACUGGCAAAAAGGACCACUGCAAAAUCAAAGUGUCUUGGAAAUAUGUCAAUUUUUCCAGAAGUACUUAAAGCCCUCUACUGCCUCAACUCUGCAGAAGGUGAAGAUGACUGUUUUGAAUGUGUUAAUCAUCCUAUCUGAAGAUCCUUCUUUUACUAAGGACAUUUUGUGUACUUUUAUGAGCUGCAAGGAUGGAUUACUAAGACAUCUCCUCUUAUCCAUUGUACAAGGAGUUACAUUAGUUCAUGACCAUUACCAGGAUUUUGAAAACAUUUGGUCCUCAACCAAUCAUGGACAUUGUGAAGAACUAUUGCACACCAGCAGCAAGCUUUCUAGUAACUUGGAAAGUUUGAAGAGAAGUCUGGGAAAUGCUACAGCCAGAGACUGUGAAUGCUAUCCAAUGUUAGAAACUGUAAAGCUACACAUGCAAAUGUUGGCCAGAAGCCUCGAAAAGCCUUUAUCUGGAAACCCCAUUAUGGCUUUUCUUAGCAACUUCAGUGUAACUAGGGAUGUGAGAAUAAAGGAUUGUGUGCAGAAUGUCACCAAAUUAAAAGAGGAGCUACAUUCUUUGACUAUUUCAGAAGAAACCAUCAACAAUAUUCUGGAAGCAAAUAUUUCACAUUCAAAGUUUCUUUCCAGUGCCCUCACAGUAUUGUUGGCUGGAAAAUGUGAUGAAGAAGUUAUCAGCACCUUGCUGACAUUUCCUGCAGAUGGAAAAGCUCUUGCAGCUAGAGAAUUGUGUGUUCUGCCUGCAUCGGAUCUGUACACUUUGAUUGUACUCAUUAGUCAGAACCUGGAUCUGCGGAUUAUCGUUUACAAACUGUUGAUACCACCAGAGGCAAAUUUCUUACUGAAUUCCUUGCUGGAUGUGGUUUCAAGUAUUGACUCCCUACUUACUAAGGCUCAGCACAUUUUGAAAUAUCUUCCCGAAUUUCUUCAGACAUUUAAAAAUAUUCCUUUCUUUGAUAUGCCUGCAUUUUCACAGUUUCCACAAGAUGUACAGUCUCGAAGUUCAACCUUUGGCUCUCUCCAAUCUGUGAUGAAGAUGGUUUGCAAAGAAGAAGCAUCUUUCCUUAGCAACUCUAAUAUGUUCAUUAAUUUGCCCAGAGUGAAUGAUCUUUUGGAGGAUGACAAGACAAAAUUCAACAUUCCCAAAGAUUCAACUCCAUUUUGCCUGAAGCUGUACCAGGAGAUUUUACAGUCCCCAAAUGGAGCCUUGGUGUGGGCUUUCCUAAAGCCUUUAUUGCAUGGGAAGAUAUUGUACACACCCAACAUUCCAGUGAUUAAUAAGGUUAUUGAAAAGGCAAAUUAUACCUUUGACUUUGUAGACAAGUUGAAGAUUGUUUUUGAAGCAAUGCUGAAAAUGUCCAGUAUUUUUCAGAAUGGUGGAAAUGCUGAAAUGAUUAAUCAUCUCCAGGAAGCCCUGAGAAAUAAAUUUAUCAAGAACUUUGUAGAAAGCCAAUUGCAGAUUGACAUGGACAAACUCACAGAAAAACUACAUAACUAUACUGGGAUGUUGGGCAAGAUGUUUAAUCAUUCAAAGGCUGAACAGUUUCAUUCCUUGGCCCAAAUCAUGGUAAACAUCUCAUCCUGUGUACUUCUAAAUCGCUUCCAGCCACUGGAGUCUGUGGAAAUACUGGAGAGAGAAGCUCAUGAGCUCAUGCAACAAAACAAUUUAUUGGCUAGCAUUAUAUUCAACAGUUCCCUAACCAGCAAGAGAAAUGGAUCAGAUUUUGUUGAUCUCCCACAUCAUUUCAUCUAUACAAUUAGAACCAGUGUUCUGUACAGUAUGAGAACAGAUUUGGUAAAAAAUCCUUUGUGGAAAUUUCAUCCCCAAAGUCUUCCAGCUGAUGGGUUCAAAUACAAUCACAUUUUUGUUCCUCUGCAAGACAUGAUUGAAAGAGCCAUCAUUCUGGUGCAAACUGGACUAGAUACAUUGACACCACCAAUACAAGCCCAAGCCAUGCCAUAUCCCUGCCACACCAGUGACUUAUUCUUGAACAAUGUUGGCUUUUUCUUUCCUUUGAUAAUGAUGUUGACAUGGAUGGUAUCUGUAGCCAGUAUGGUCCGAAAGCUGGUUUAUGAAAGAGAGAUUCGUCUUGAAGAGUAUAUGAAGAUGAUGGGUGUUCACCCUAUUGUUCAUUUCCUCGCCUGGUUUCUGGAAAAUAUCAUUAUGAUUGUUAUAAGCAGCUGUGCUCUGGCCAUCAUCCUAAAAACAAGUGGCAUCUUUGCACAUAGCAAUGCUUUCAUCAUUUUCCUGUUUCUUCUGGACUUCGGAAUUUCAAUCGUCAUGCUAAGCUUCUUACUCAGUGCGUUCUUCAGCAGUGCCAAUACUGCAGCCCUGUGUACCAGUUUGGUGUAUAUGAUUAGCUUUUUGCCUUAUAUAGUUCUCUUGGUUCUACACAACCAAUUAAGUUUUGCUAUUGAAACAGUUCUGUGUUUUCUAUCUACAACUGCCUUUGGGCAAGGUGUAUUUUUCAUUACAUUCUUAGAAGGACAAGAGGCAGGGAUUCAGUGGAACAAUAUGUACCAACAUCUUGAACAAGAAGGAGAUAUGACAUUUGGCUGGGUUUGCUGGAUGAUUCUCUUUGACUCAAUGGCAUAUUUCAUAUGUGGAUGGUACUUCAGUAAUUUGAUUCCUGGAGAUUUUGGACUAAAGAAACCCUGGUAUUUUCCCUUUACCAUGUCAUACUGGCAGAACUUGUGUGACUUCAACAUGAAGAGGCAACAGCAUAUCAACUCCAAUCUGUUAUUCUUCAAUGAAAACUUCAUGAAUAAAGGAUCUCUGCCACCAAAUAGGCAAAUAACAAUUGAGGACAGAGUCCACACAGGAGUGACACUGGUGUCAGUUACCAAGGAGUAUGAAGGUGACAAAAAGGCUGCAGUUAAAGAGCUUACGCUCACAUUUUAUAAAGGUCAAAUCACUGCUCUGCUGGGACCCAAUGGUGCUGGAAAGACCACAAUUAUAUCUCUAUUGACAGGAUUGUAUCCUCCUAAUUCUGGCACCAUCAUUAUUAAUGGCAAGGACAUGCAGACACAGCUUGCUGCCAUUAGGAUGGAGAUGGGUGUAUGUCCCCAGUAUGAUGUCCUAUUUGACAACUUAUCUGUACGGGAACAUUUAUUGCUAUUUGCUUCAAUAAAGGCACCACUGUGGACAAAGAAACAGUUAUAUCAACAAGUCGAUAAAACCCUUCAAGAUAUGGAGUUAACUCAUCACCAACACAAGCAUAUCAGAGCUCUCUCUGGGGGAACAAAAAGAAAACUCUCAAUUGGCAUUGCCUUUAUUGGAAAUUCAAAUGUCAUUGUUCUGGAUGAGCCUACUAGUGGUGUGGAUCCUUGUGCUCGCCGAGGGAUAUGGGAUAUUCUACUAAAAUAUCGAGCAGGUCGUACCUUAAUCUUCACUACACACCAUCUUGAUGAGGCAGAAGUGCUUAGUGAUCGCAUUGCAAUACUCCAGCAUGGGCAACUCAGAUGUGCUGGUUCUCCCUCCAGUUUGAAGGAAACCUAUGGCCAUGGGCUCAGUCUGACGCUGACUAAAAAACCUUUCAUUCUGGAGAUCCAAGAUGCCAAUGACAUAGAUCGAGUUACAUCUCUGAUACAGAUCUAUAUUCCAAAAGCAUUUCUCAAAGAAAAUGGUGGGAAUGAACUGACUUAUGUAAUUCCAAAGGAUACAGAUAAAACUUGCUUUAAAGGGCUCUUUCAGGCUCUGGAUCAAAAUCUCCAUCAACUGCAUCUAAGUGGCUAUGGAAUUUCAGAUACCACCUUAGAAGAGGUAUUUUUGAAGCUUUUGCAAGACUCCAAAAAUAAAACAUAUAUUCCUGAUACAAUAGACAUAGACUCUGAAUAUGAAAGAAGCACAGAACAACUGCAUGACAAUAAUGAUUCUCAGUGGAAGUCAAAGUCCAAUAGAGGAGGCAAACUGCUUUUCACACAGAUGGCUGCUCUACUCAUGAAGAGGUUUCACCACACCAGAAGGGGCUGGAAAGGCACAUUGUCAGAUCUGAUGCUGCCUGUUCUCUUUGUAGCUUUAGCAAUGGGCUUAUUCAUGGUGAAGCCAUUAGUUACUGAUUAUCCCUCACUCAAAUUGACACCAGGGCAUUAUGACAGUGAAGAAGCAUAUUUUUUUAGCAGUGAAAGUGAGGAUGCAGAUCUUUCUAAUGUACUUCUGAGAAGCUUCAGUGUCCAGGAUCCAUCGUGUGCAAAUUUUAAACUUGAUCUAAAAAACUUAUCAUGUUGGCGAAGUGACCCUUUUCCACCCAGAGAAUUCCAGGACUCAUGUGGCUGUUUGAGAUGUCCAAAAGAGAACACCAGUGCCCCCUACUUGAAGAACAGAAAGGGACACACUUUGUUUAAUCUUUCAGCAUUUGAUGUAGAAGAAUACUUAUUAUGGCCUUCAAAAAAACUAAGGCUUGGAGGUUGGUCUUUUGGAGUGAAGAUGCCUAAUCGAGGUGAAGACACAAAUAUAAAUAUAAAUAUAUCAAAACCUCAAACUCUGGCAAAGGUCUGGUAUAAUCAGAAGGGUUUUCAUGCCUUACCAUCUUAUCUAAAUCACUUAAAUAAUCUGGUGCUGUGGCAGCAUUUACCACCUUCUGUGAACUGGAGACAGUACGGAAUAACACUGUACAGCCACCCAUAUGGAGGGACCUUACUAAAUGAAGAUAAAAUACUGGAGAGUGUCCGCCAGUGUGGAGUCGCACUUUGCAUCAUGCUGGGUUUCUCAAUCCUCACGGCAUCGAUUGGCAGUUCUGUAGUAAAAGACAGAGUAUGUGGAGCAAAGAGGUUGCAGCACAUCAGUGGACUUGGCUAUAGGACCUAUUGGUUUACUAAUUUCAUUUAUGAUAUGCUAUUUUACCUGGUUUCAGUCAGCCUGAGUAUUGCAGUUAUUGUUGCUUUCCAGCUAACAGCCUUCACUUUCCGAGAGAACUUGGCAGCCACUGCCCUCCUGCUGGCCUUUUUCGGUUAUGCAACUCUACCAUGGAUGUAUCUUCUCUCCCGAAUCUUUUCCAGUUCUGAUGUGGCUUUCAUCUCUUACAUCUCUUUAAACUUUAUCUUUGGUCUUUGCACCAUGUUAAUGACAAUAAUGCCGAGAUUACUUGCUGUCAUCUCCAAAGCCCAGAAUCUGCAGAAUAUCUACAAUGUCCUCAAGUGGGUCUUUACCAUUUUCCCUCAAUUUUGCCUGGGCCAAGGUUUAAUAGAACUCUGCUAUAAUCAGAUUAAGUUUGAUCUAACCCACAACUUUGGCAUUGAUUCCUAUGUGAGUCCUUUUGAAAUGAAUUUCUUGGGUUGGAUCUACGUGGCAAUGACUCUUCAAGGAACAACUUUUCUCCUUUUGAGAAUCCUGCUACAUUGGGACUUGCUUCAGAAACCAAGGAGUCACCCAGUCAUUCUUGGCCCAGUCAGUCCUUCUGAAGAUAUGGAUGUUAAAGAGGAGCAAAUGCGAAUUUGGACUGGAAAAACAAACAGUGACAUUCUUGUGCUCCGGAGUCUCCGAAAAAGGUUCCAAAGUUUUGGCAAGAGGACUACUGCUGUAAAUGAUAUUACCUUGGGAAUACCAAGAGGCGAGUGUUUUGGUCUAUUGGGAGUGAAUGGAGCUGGGAAAAGCACAACAUUCAAAAUGCUAACAGGUGAUAUCACUCCAUCUUCUGGAUAUGCUGCCAUCAGGAAUCCAGGAGGGGAUGAAAUGAUCCUGUCUUCUUCUAGUGCUGCGGACAUUCUUAUUGGUUACUGUCCCCAGAAAGAUGCCUUGGAUGAAUUUCUUACUGGCUGGGAACAUCUUCAUUAUUACUGCAGUCUGCGUGGAGUUCCCAAACAGGAUAUCCAUAGGGUUGCUGGAGAACUUGUUCAUAGACUACAUCUUGAGACUCAUAUUGAAAAACCAGUGAAUACCUACAGUGGAGGAACCAAGAGAAAACUAUCUACUGCUCUGGCUUUGGUGGGAAAACCUGAUAUUCUCUUAUUGGAUGAGCCCAGCUCUGGAAUGGAUCCUGGUUCUAAGCGAUACCUUUGGAAAACUAUAAUGAAAGAAGUUCAGGAAGGCUGUGCUGCAGUUCUUACCUCACAUAGCAUGGAGGAAUGUGAAGCCCUUUGCACUCGUCUGGCAAUCAUGGUCGAUGGCAGUUUCAAGUGUCUAGGUUCUCCCCGGCAUAUUAAAAACAGGUUUGGAGCUGGAUAUACUGUCAAAGUUUGGCUAAGCCAAGCAACAAGUCAACAUAAUGCCAUUUCUGACUCUCUUAAACUCCACUUUCCAGGAAUCCAAUUUAAGGGACAACACCUCAAUUUAUUGGAAUACCAUGUGCCACAGAGAUGUGGGUGCUUGGCUGACUUGUUCAAAGUUCUAGAGAACAAUAAGACUUUGCUGAACAUCAAACAUUACUCUAUUAAUCAAACAACUUUAGAACAGGUCUUUAUCAGUUUUGCUACCCAGCAGUAACAACUUCUAUCCUGUCUUUGAAAAUUUCUCCAACUAUAUUCAUCCAAAUCCUGAUGUCCAUCUAGCUUCUGCAGAGGUUGUAAGCAGUUGAAAACAACUCUCCUCAUGAGGAAAGGCUCAUGGUUCAGCAAUUAAAAGAAGCAAUCGAACUCCUCUCUUUACUUUAGAUAUGAGAAUAAGUCUGAGAAGCUAAGUGACUUCUACAAAGCUACACAGAUAAUUCACGGACUAGACAAGAAACAGUCUAUCGAUUCCUUGUCCAGUUCUAUUUCCUUUGGGUAUAUUAGCAUAGUUUGUUUAUUUACCAACUCAAAUGAGAUCAUUUUCAAGUCAUGAAUUCAUUGAACUGUAAUGCUGUGACAAAGAAAAUGUCUUUCACAAAUGAUGUUAUACAAAUGAUGCUCUCUAUAUACAUUAAAACACUUAUUAUUUAGUCCUGCAGCCAUAUUAAAUAAAUUGAACAAGGUCCCAUAAAUUAUACAUGACAGAAUAUUCCCUCAGGCCUUCAGAUUUCAAUAUUUCUUUUUUGGGAAGUGGAAAAAGCUUUAAUAGUGAUAAAUUGUGCUUUUCUUGACUUUUAGUCUUAAUUUCCUGUUUCUAAAAAAAAUAAAUUGGAUUCUAUGUAAUGGAAUACAAGUAAAAAGCCACAAGGAUAUAAUAUGGACCAAUAAAAUUUUAGGUAAAUUCAAUUUCUUAUAACUUUAUAAAAUGAGAUCUUUAAAAAAUAUUGUCAAUUGGAGAAGGAAUCCAUUUUGUAUUGAAAUAAAAUUGUCAUUUAAAAAUGUAUAUUUAAAAUAAUAAUAAUGUCAUUUAUAGAGUGUUAACAUUGAGAUGUUUGACAUAUGUUAUAUUAUUUGGUUUUCUGUAGUCAAAAAGUGAUCAGAAUUUUUCAGGGCAAAAACUGCUCAACUUAUUUUUGCUAAUAUCAUCUGGAAACCUAUUGAAGGGUGGCUAAUUUAAUUUUAACUUGAUUUAUUUGUGCAAAUGAAGUCAUUGAAUAAUGUUCUGUGUUAAUUUAGGAUAAAAAUCUUCUUGGUAACAUAUUUUCUUUGCAAUAGUGGCAUAUAAUUAAAAUCUUGCCAGAUACAACUGUUCUUAAUUGAACCAUUUUGCAAGGGUGAUAUUCAAAUCUUAGACCUUCUUAGCAUUCAAGGAUUAUUUUGCCAGGAGUGGCUUUGAGCCAUAUCCAUGUAAUUCUUUCUUAAAGAUAC